AUGGGAUUGUUAUGGAGCAUGAAACAGGCUCCAGAACAGAAAAAGGGUCUUCGCCUAUACAAACGAGAUGUUACCAAACCGUAUAACGGCGUCUUAAGCUACUUUGAUGGUCAUGUAACUCCGCACCAAGAACAACCUGAGUUGCAGCCACUAUCAAGCACCACAUUUCAGAGGUGGUACAUGGCAGAUGGAGUGAAAAGAAUUCCUGUAAGAGAAGGACGAAUCCGAGGAACGCUCUUUCUUCCUCCUGGUGAAGGACCUUUUCCUGGUAGGUAUUCAUUUAUUAUCCACAGUUUCGUAAUCGCAUUACUAGUGUGCCCGACCGGCUUACUAGAAGCAAGCAGCCAUUAGACAGCUUUAAGGGGGGCCUUACUUUGGGGGCCUUAAAUCUUAUGUUGAAUAUUAAUUUAAAAUAAUUAAUAAAUUUUCUUCCUUUAUAGUUAAAUUAUACGAUUAAGUAAUAAUGAAAAAAAAUUAGCGAUGAUUCAAGAAGUAGUCGCUAGUUAGAAAUCCAAAUGUCCAAUUCACUUUGCUUUCGCGUUUCUAGAUGACACAACCGCUAGUAUUUGGUUUUUUUUUUUCAUUUCUGUUUAAGUUUAAGAGAAUUACUUAUGGUUUAAAAAUAUAAAAAGAUAUAAGGCGUUAAUUUCAUGGAUGACAGAUUUGGCUGAUUUUUGCUCAUAUCUUGCUGGCAAACAUUAAAUUGUAAAAUCUGCUCCAUACAUGACGCACUAGAGGUUUUGACCGAUCAUUUAUUAAUAAAAAUCACAGGGUGCUGUCUUCUAUUCUUUCCGCACACUUGGACACAAAGUCACUUCCAUCAUUUUACGGUGUCUCUUUUAAAAUUUAUCUAAAUCGCCUCUAAAACAGCCGAAAUAUAAACGUUUUAAGACAUGUAGCGCAAGCAACAUUUUGCCUUGUGAAUUUAUUCAUAGAUUGGUGUUCCCCGCGGCCUUAAGUAUGCGCAUUCGCGUUUGCCUUCUGGUCCCUCCCCCAACCUUAUUACAGUUUUUACCAUUUCUUGCAUACCUAUAGUCAUGGCUUUUUCUAACACUAAUUUAAGCUAGGAACGUUUCCGUUCCAGAGAAUGUUUCAACCAUGGUGGUAUGUAGAUUGAUUGGAAACAAUUAGCAUAACGUUAAAACAAUGAUUAUCGCAAGGCAGAUUUUUUUGGCCGGUUCGUAACUAAAGCUACAAUCAUGGACAAAAGUCUUGGGACAGUUGUACAGUUUGAACGCUUUUUAACACACGCGAAAUUGUAUCCGCGCGCUACUAACUGUACGUCCCUACCCCCUCCCCUACCCCAAGGAGUGUGUUGAAACCGUCAAAGCACAAUUCCUUUGAUCUUUCAACAUUGUAUUGGGUUGGGAGGGGAGAGAGGACAUGGAUUUGUAAAAUGACAGCUACUGCUUUUUGCGACAUUACUUGUGAAACGCAUAGAAUUGAAGUUGGAUCUCGUCAAUAAGUCGUUUGUACGGCGCUGGUAGAUGUUGGCUACGAUUCAGUGGCGUUUGUUCUAAGUUAGUAAACCAGCUUUCUAAAGUAAGACGUUGAUAGUAGUCUGUAUAAUACGUUAUAGAGUCCCAGUCAAUUUGAUGUUUCGUCUUUAAAUGGUGCUCAGCAAUGUGAUUGUUGACGUCACCAUUACUCGUCGCUCGUUUGUGUUCGGUCAGUCGCGUGCUUAAGUUUAAAUCACUUUGACUCUGAAGAUUACUACCGAACAGGUUGUCGAAACGUCGGUCACUGUCAACAACAACAGUCCUAUUCAGGACUACGUUCACCCGGACGAUCAAACGCAACCCACUUUUGAAAUGACUCCUGGGUUCAAACCUUUCACAUACAGAAUUUUUUUUAUUCGCACUGAGGUUAUUUGCCAAACUCCAGUAUAUAAGUUCCCGAUGUUGGAUUUUCCAUGGCAGGGCUAGAUGUUGCAAAAUUCGUGUUUAACUGAUUUCAAAGAUCUUUGUUUAUCGUUGUCACGGUAAGAUCGAUUUACCUUGCGAAUUCGUUUUGACAAACUUCAAUCUAAGGUUGGAGAGGAAGAAAAUUUUGUGGCGACCGGACAAGAAUGAAAUCACUUUUAACGCGAUUGAAAAAUAUCAGUAUGGUCUCCGAAAAAUUGUAUCGAGACACUUAAACUUUUCCAUAAUGAAACAGCGAAGGCGUAAAAAAAAUCAUGUUUCGUUUAUUUUCCAGGUGUGAUAGACUUGCUUGGAGCCAUGGGCGGAUUAGUGGAAUUCAAAGCUGCCCUACUGGCGUCUCAUGGAUUUGCUGCUCUCGCAUUGGCUUAUAUCGAUUAUGAUGACCUACUAGCCUUUCCACCGUACCACGAAAUGGAGUACUUUGAAGAUGCAGCUAAUUGGCUAAGCAGUCACCCUAAGGUUUUACCGGAUGGGAUUGGUAUUCACGCUAUCUGCUAUGGAGCAAUGAUUGCUCUAUUGAUGGCAAACCUUCAAAUGAAACCUGUCAAAGCCAUUGCUGCCAUUUCUCCUCUCAUACAUGUGUACCCCACAGCCUUUAAGUACAAAGGAAGUUUCAUUUCAGAGGUAGCCCACUUUGAUCAGAGUAAAAAAGUACAGGUGCAAGAUGGAAGCAUCUGUCGCUAUGUUUUUCCAACAGCCACCAAUUCAAAUAUUCCAGAGUCAAAGUACCCCUACCUUGCACCAGUUGAAAAUCUUUCCUGUCCGCUCCUCCUUGUUUAUGGAACUCACGACCUGAAUGUUAAUGCCACUUUUUCGGUAAAUCUGAUAAGAGAUCGUUUAAGGAAGCAGGGCAAGGAAAACCUGUAUUCCGUCUUACGCUAUCCUGGUGCUGGGCAUCUCAUUGAGCCACCUUACACACCGCACUCUUAUGCCACCUACGCAAAACGUGCAGGAGCAGUGUCAGGAGACCACCACAUAGUGUGGGGAGGGGAGACAAAGUGUCACGCUAGAGCACAAGAGGGCGCUUGGCCAGAAAUCAUUGGAUUCCUGAGAGAUAACAUCAGUUUGCAGAAACCGGAAACGGGCUUUGAGGAAGUCUACGCUCCCGGGAGCCUUCGAUAGUGUUUGAAACUGCACGUACUUUGUUCUUUUUGUUCGUCCAUGAUCUGUACAGGCACCGUCGAUGUGAAGAGAAGAGAAACAAGUUUCAUUCGUGAUCAGAUUAAACACGUUUCAUGAAAGUAUAAAGUAUAUAGGUAUAAAGGCAUUAGUUAAGAGGACAAAGGCUUUAUUUGACGGUUUGCAAGCAGAAUGAAAGAGAGUUAGACACCCACGAUGUUUUUAGGCGUUACUUUGACUAAUCCGUAAGAUUAGCAGGGGAGGUACUUAGUCCCUAUAAUGGUCGGUACGGGGAAACUCUGCCGAAAAGGGGUUACGUACCUUUGUCUUUGCGGUCUCGGAAAGGGCCUAACAAAGGUCUAAGAAGUUCAUUUUAUGGCGUAAACGACGGUGCAUUUACACAGCAGGUACAAGGCUUGCAGUGUUCUAAACUAGUUAGGUAUGCGAAAGGAGUACCAUCUGUCAAUAGAAGGUAUAUGAAAGGGGUACCUUUUUCUGUAGCAAAUGCUAAUCGAAGGGUGACAAAGAAGGGGUUGGAAUUCGAGGCGGAGCUUCCCCGUAUAAAACUUUGCUGAGUGCCCCCUCCGCCUGGAGAUAAUAUUGCCUAUCAUUUAUAUUGCGCAAAUUAACAUAAAAAUAUGACCAAAUGCGCAUAGUAUGCAUGCAUCUGGAUGAAGUACAACUGCCAGAACUCAAACCUUUAAGCUAAAGAUUUUAAUUGAUUUUACUUGGCAGUGUGUGAACAGCUCCACGAUCCAAUAAGCUUUUAAGAACAAACUAAUUAGUCACUAAUGGUUUUUUAAAUUUUAAAUAAACUUUUUGGACAAAUAAUCUCUCAGUCUAUUCAUGUGUUUGCUUACUCAUAACAUCAGUUUAAAACGCGAUCAUGAGACUUCAGCUUCCAAGUUGCAGGGAAAUGUUGGUUUAAGCAUUACACACGCUUUAUUUCUGCGAUGAUGUUGGUGAUUUUUUUUUUUACUUAAUCCGGGUUCAUUCUCAUUAGUUUGAAAGCGAGGCUGAGCAAGGCCCGGUUACAUAUGAAGCUGACCUCCUUCAUGGAAAAGACCUCCUUCUUGGAAAAGACAGGAUUUCUCUUCAACAAUCUGUUGAGGAGAAAUCCUGUCUUUUCCAAGAAGGAGGUCUUCUCCAUGAAGGAGGUCAGCUCGGGCCAAAUCUGCCUCCUCCGGACCCAGUUUCGCUCCAUUUCUCCCCUCCCGUCUUAUUUCCGUCUUAUUUUUCUUGUAAUUGUUAGUAUGCACGACCCCACCAGCAAUGCUGAUCUUCUUAUCGUACUAAGAUAAAGUUCUUAUCUUAUUUAACGACAUCAUCAAGCCGGAUUUAUGAAAACCGUACCAUCGGACUCCUGGAGCCCACACACCUUAAACUGACUCAACUAAAGUACAUAUCGCCAGGAAACUCAGCUCUUACCCAUGGUUCUCUUAAGGUGACUCUCUUCUUGGUUCCUGAUUAGCAAAAGAAACAUUCAAGUCCAUCAAAAAGACACUCUGGACCUGGCCAUACGCUCAAGCUCCUUGAGGGCCCUAAAUGACGGAGGAUGCUUGAGACUUAACCAAGUUCUAAGCAGAGAAUUCAAGGUUAAAUCACCCCCCUGACUUCCUACAACCCCCCCAGCCUAGCACGUGCUUGAGGGGAAUGCUUUCGUUGGCCAAUGGGCCUCAAACAUAACAAGAAUUUGACAUGACAAACUAAAGGUAGACAUGACCAGUGCACUGACUCUCCCAGAGCAAGACUAACGGAAGGUACCACGCUUUUGCAGCACCCUUCCCCCCCCUAGGGAUUGACAUGGAGGCCUCUUCCCACCCAUGGCGAGUUAGCUCAGGGACUGAGCUUGACAAUGAGACCAACCAGGACAGCAAGCCCCCUAUGUUUUUUCUCACCGCAGUGACCAGAAACCUGGCUAUCGCCAAGUUCCAGUGCGAAUUUUUCUGGCCAGGUUUUGAGGUAUGUCUUCAAAAAUUGGGCUAGACAUAUAAGGGUUAUAAUUUUCUCCAAAGUGCCUUUUGGAUCUGAAUAAGCAAUUUCUUUACUCUGUGAAUGUAAUGUUUUUCUGCAACGUUGUAUCACCCUGGGCCCAGCUUGUUAGUGUUUUUUGCAGGAUGUUAAAUUAUCACGAAUAGGGAUGUACAGGUCCAAAAAUUAUAAGAAUGAAGAGCAGCUUAAACGGAAGCUGCACCAACUAUGGAGAAUUGCAUUGUGAGUCCAGCUUAGUUUUUUUCUAAAGAUAACGUGAGUCUUUUGACUGGAGCGCGUAUUUCCUUCCUUGGUAAUAGCUUAAUUCACGAAAAAGCUUGACAAAGUCAGUUGGACUGUUUUGUUAUUGCACUUUGUGAUUAGAAAAGACUAUGGUUAUGGUUCUCCAUGCGAACUUCGUUAGUUGCCGGGUUGGCUUUGUGCGUAGUUGCAUUUACAAGAGCAACUUUAGUUGUUCUUUAUCGUGGCGACAACGGAACAGCCGUGAAAUAGCAUCGACUUGCCAGAUCCAGUUGGUAAGACUCCAAUAACAUCCUGGCUGUUCAGGACAGAUUCGAAAGACUUUUCUUUUUAGACGUUUUGUUUAUCGUAUGCGAUCGUUUGCUAAUUUAGUGCACCCACAAAUUCUGGGUGUUUGGUGGUCAUGUGACUGGCUGAUGCCAGGGCCUUUUCCCGCCCCACCUCCGGGGAAAAGCGCCCUGGGGACGAGGUUGGAAAUAAACGACGGCGAACGCUAUCCAAACAGGAGAACCAUAUCGACAAAGUACUUCCCACACCACUGUAUCCCAAGUAAGGGGCGAUCGUCGGGAUGGAUAGCCACAUUCCAGUAUGCACUGGCCACAUCAAACUUAGCCAUCAGUGUUCCGCGACACCAGGCCAGGACGCCCUCAAUAACUGCAUCGACCGAAACAUACUGCAUUAUGAAGGGAGGCUUGGGGUUGCCAUCGUUCACGCUGUGCCCAGCGGGAGAGGAACGGUCGAGGAUGAGACGCCAUUUACAUGGUUAAUUGUUCUUGGGAAUGACCCCAAAACAGCUGAUAUGCAGAGAAGGAAAGGGAGGGGCUGAAAAGGGUCCGGCCACCCUGCCAGAGGAAACUUCGGUCUGCAAGUACGAGUCACUAAAGGGUUCUCGAAGGAGGAAUGCAUGUUCGAUGAAGCGGACAUAAGGUUGACCAUGGACUACUCAAAAAAAAAAUAAAAAUAAAAAAUACGAAAACCCUCGCGUAUUCCGGAGAGCACAUAGGCCACUGCUACCUGGUCUGGAUGACGCCGCAAUUCUGUCUGAAAUAGAUCCAGUGGAGAGACCCAGGAGGCCUAGGCUAUUGAAGAGAAAGAACGAACAGAAAGAGCAACGUUGGGUAUACUAACUGGAACUAUAACAACGAGACGACUUGACCGAGGAAAGCAGAUCAUGCUACCCGCCGGGAGACGCAAAAAGACUAUUUACCCUCUGUACACAAGCCUCGCCGGGCAUAAGCGCCCAUUCAGUACCGUCCCCCUCUCCCCCCGAGUGGCGAAGACCGGGAUCGUGCGCUGGAAGGGUUGGGAAAUGGACAGGUGAUCUGGGUGUGAUCAUCUUCACAGUUACUGCAGCGGUGUCGAUAUUUGCACCUGCCAAAAGGCUAGCGGCACUGCCCGUCGUUCCAUGAGUAGCAAAAAGGAGGGACCAGGCUGGUGUCACAGGAAGUGACAGACGAUGGAGCUGAUGCCAUGGAAGAAGACGACUGAGGUAGCGGGGGGAGGAGGUGAAGUGAAAAUUGUAUAGGUCCAAGUUCAUCCCAGACCAGUCACUGUGGCCAAAGGCAGCCGCAUGCUUUCUAAACACCAGGUCGUACUCUAACCAGGCUGAACCAGAGAAAUAACAAGCCGUUUGAAUGAUAAGCAGCUUAUACUUGGACAGACAACGCCAACGAUGAAGGUGAACUGCCGACAACACCAUCUUAAAAAUAGUGAAGGCUUCGGUCCAAGUGAAAAUGUCUUUUAUUUCCACUUGCCUGCGUUUUGACGAAGAAACCACGAGCUAACCAUGAAGGAUCGUUUGCGGCUCCUGCUCCACCGUUCGGAGGUUCGCGGACAACAAAUCUGCCAAUUCGACAAACUGGCCACCUACCAUUUUAGACACCUGUUUUGAAGGAAUAGGGGCAUGCCACAGACCAACAAUAAAAGCCUUAGGUGAGGAAUCCAAGCUUAGAAGACUGCUAGUAACACCAGGCGAUACGAAAGUGGAGGGAGUAAGAGCCACGAGGCGGGCCGAGCUCGAGAAGGUCAUGGCCGACAGUGGCGUAAAGGUAGGAACAAACGGAGGAAGGCGUAACUGAAGCCACCGAAGAAACAUCGUCACUUACACUCGCACUCGGAUUGGACGCUGAAGAAAAUGAAUGUUGUGGAGCCCCGCUAGCACAAACGCCUGGAACCGAAGAAGAAACGUGCGAAGAGGCGUUCCGAUUGCUCGAACCACAGCGUCGGUGAGGGAACCAGCCAACUGGGGCGACCAAGAACUGGAAGCCGUACUCGUCACAGGACUUUCAGACGUUGCCGAAGACGGAAGGGAGUCUUGGGUAGGAAAGCCUAUCGAUAAGCUGUUGUUGGUCGAGCGCAAUGGACGCGGCAUUACGAAGGAAAACAAAAACUCUCCAGCAGAGGACGAACCAAAACGGGAACUACGAGGAACAACGGUAACGAAAACCACUUCGACCGGCAAAACGUUUGCACACAACCAAGAGAAAACGCUACGCUACUCGAACCGAAAGCCAAGCCAACCAAAAUUUGGCAAAACAAAAAGAAACGCUACACUACUAGAACGCCACGCUAACAAAGCUUUGAGUACAACGCAAACAGAACGUCGGCACAUGGCGUGCGCAUGCGCCGAAGCGGCAUACCGCUGAACAGGAACCUGCCCCUAUGCUCAUGAACAAUGGUAAGCGCUACAAACGCAAAUAUAGUCACUCAACAGCGCCACAGACGGCCAACACGCCACCAAAAAUCGCCAAAAACACUAGAGACCAAAGCUCUUAGUCGUUAUCUACAUAAAAUUGUCGUCAAAUAAAACGAUCAAAAAAGAUCCUGUGUUUCUAUCCGUAAAUAUAUAUUGAUCCAUUAUUCCAAAUAUUCAAUUGCGGACCUCCCUUAACAGAAACUGAAUAGCAACACUGGUAACACUCGAUCAAAUGCCGAUUUCUCCCUACUUGCUCGACUUUAUAUUUUUUUUCUAAAAGAAGAAUUUCUUACUGCAUCGUGUUGCAAAAAUUAAUGAUUGAUAAGGUCGCUCUGUGUUUAAAUAAUUUAAGGCCCGAUAUGGAUAAAAGACCAAAAGGUGAAGACUUAAUGAUCACUAAAAGACAUUGCAACAAUACAUGUAUGUUAGCAUGAGAAGGCGAUCAGACAGAAAAUAAUAGAUUGAAGUGACAAAGCCAGGGAAACCAGUAGUAUAAAUUUCACGUCAACGCAACCCCUUCCAUUCCUCCGCAGAGACCUCUUCUUUGAGUCGUAGAGAGGCUGGGGAGAAACAAAAAGAAAGCAAGAAAGCCCUCGGGGCACGAUGGGAAGGGGAAAAAGAGAAUUUCCCUCUUCCCAUCGUCCCCCUCGCGCUGUCUAUUUUUUUCCGUUAUUGCUAUUUUUAUCGGGAUACUCAGGGGAUUCUUCGAACAACUGGACCCCAGGCUACAUAGAGGAAAUGUAAAGGUUGAGCGAGAUUCAACUUCUGCACCUUUGACGCUACGCGCCACCCUUCAUACAUUGUUUUCAUUGUCACGUUAUUUAUACAUGCGUACACACGUAAAUUUUUGCACGCGUAAAUAAAAUAGAGGCAAAGCAUGGAAAGUGUAACAACAGGCUUCCGUGUUAAGAGCGUAGCAUUUUCAUAUAUAGUGAGGCAGUAGAUGUCAUGGUUUGCAGUAAUAGUAGACAUAGUAUCAAAAGGUCUUAGAGUGGUUUUGCGAGUGUGAUUUCGCUGAAUUAAACAGAAGGUCGCGCGUAAACCUAAAAGUUGAACCUUCUUGCUCAAGAAAACAAAAAGAGGCUCUACUCCGGCGCAGAGGGUGUCCUUAGCGCUAGAGGUCAAAUAAAAAAAUUCACAGAGUCAGGCGAACGACUUUAGCAUACGUUUUUUGCGUUCGAUGAAGAACUAAACGUAUUUAUUCAUUAACGAACCCCUCAUUAAAUUUACGCGCGACCUUCUGUUUAAUUCAGCGAAAUCACACUCGCAAAACCACUCUAAGACCUUUUGAUACUAUGUCUACUAUUACUGCAAACCAUGACAUCAACUGCCUCACUAUAUAUGGAAAUUUCUGCCAUGAUGUUGAUGAAAUAAACCUCUUUUUGAAACAAGGAAACAACUUUAGUGCAUGGAAGGAAUGAAUAAACUUAGUAAUAAUUAACGAUACUAAAAUUCUGGUGUCAGAGGGAAGGAGGAAUUAAGGAAAAGUUACACAUGCUAUUCACGUGUUCAAAGAUGAAACUCAUUUUCCGAUGCAAAGAAAUUUAAAACAGGAAUAAUUGUGCCCUUUGUGACCGAAAAAUGUAUAGUAGCGAAUGUCCUUGAGAGCGGGAGAUUUUACUAUUAUUAGCAUGAUUAUUUUGCAUAUACAUAUAUAUAUAUAUAUUAGUGAGACGACUACAUAAUUAUUGUCGAGAAAUUGGUUGCUCUUCGUAUUACUCGGACAUGAUGUUCGUAAUGUCGAGCCAUGUUGGCAACACGAAAGUUAUUUUCGGACAUGGUUAAAACAUUCUAGAUAUUUCUAGAUAUUCUAUUUCUAGAUAUAUUCUAGAUAUUUUCCAAGUUAAUACGCUCGAUACUGCUAAAUUUAUGUUUCGCUACCACAAUAAUCUGCUGUCUCCAUUCUUCCGCAAUCCGUUUAUGACAAACAGUCGAGUCCAUAGAUAUGACACAAGAACAGCUAGUAAUUAUCGAGUGCAUUCCUGUCUUACGAACAUCAAGAAAUUCACAAUUCUUUACCAAGGACCUAGAAUCUGGAACUGUCUUCCUGUAUCUGUUACAAACUUGUCAAGCUUUUCUGUCUUUAAGAACAAAGUGCUAGAGCUUUUAUUAAAAUAGUUACUAAAUUAGUUUAGCCGCACUUCUUCGCAUCCCUCAUUUCUUAUAAUACUGUGAUGUCGAGGUGGCCUCUCUCUAUAAGCCUGGUGGUUUCUUGAGGUCUCCUCUCCUAACAACCUGCUGUGUUCUGUUAAAUUUGUUGUAAGAAAAAGGCUAAUAAAUGAUGAUGAUGAUGAUGAUGAUGAUGAAACAUAGGUAAUAGACGAAACCAACGGAGCUGCAGUUUAAGUCUUGAAAGCUGCCUGACCGUGCACAAUCCUUCCUUUUUUUGGUCGCAAAUUGUGACUAGGCAUUUGCCGAUUGUGCUAGUAAAAGUGGCAUAUUAUGCUAGUGGCAGUGCUCGUUUUUUGCCCAAAUUAUGCUCAAAUUAUGCUCGCUUUUCAAAAUUAUGCUACUUUUUUAAAAAAUUAUUCUGUGCACAAACUUCACAACUCACAAGACAAGUUUGAAAAUGUAUUUUAUUAACCCUGGCCAGACGUUCUGGGCCCGGUUGUUCAAAACCUGGGUAACUUUAUCCGGUGGUUGGGCCUAUACGGCGAAUAAAUCUGCUAUCCAGCGGAUAGUUAUCCAGCGAACAAAAGUAGGUUGCACAAAGCCUGGAUAGUGUGGUGGAUUCGAGGCGUCUAUCCCGGGCAAGUUGUGCAGGCUUUGGUCUAUCCUCUCUGUUCUCGCAACCUUGUAAACUAUCUGGAUGUAAGUUCACUGCACUUGACUAGUUUGGCGUGGCGGCCGCCAUUUUGAAACGAGCACUGGGAGAAAGACUAAGGAGUCUGGGACCGAGACACAGACUUCCGGUUCCGUUUCAUCGAACUCCCGCGGUAUCUCAACACAAGUAAAAAAAAAAUCGAAAAAUAGGAGUGGAAGCAACUGUUAAUAGUAAUCUAUCGUUUUUAGUAGCUGAGAUCUUCGUUUUCUUGAAUUAUUCUAAAAUUGUGCUAUUAAGACAAGAAAAUAUACGGAUUAUGCUAGCAGUGCUACUUUUGGAAAAAGGGCAAAAAUUAUGCUCAAUUCCUCAGAUUAUGCCAAAAAUUAUGCUAGCACAAUCGGCAAGAGCCUAAUUGUGACUGAAUAAAUUAAUGCAAUGUUUAUAUUGGUCAGUAAGUUCAAAAUGAUAAGAAUGCUGUUUAACGUUGUGCACGGUCAAGUCUAAAAAAGCUAACAAAACUAAUAUAUAACAAAGAAGUCUGUCGGGCUUCAUAACCAUUUCACUUAAAAUAAUUAACUUUGGUUAAAAUCAUGUUAGUUUCCUCUAAGAGAGCAGCAAUUUUCUACUGUCAGCAUCUUAUUAACCGUUUAGGGGUGUCUUACGUGUAAGCGGAGCAAUGUCCGGACUAAACUACCUGGUUGUUCAAAAGCUGGAUAACGCUAUCCACCGGAUAAAUCACUAUCCAGUGGGUAAGUAUUAGGGAAAUCAAUUGCACUAUCCACUGGAUAGAGAUUUAUCCACUGAUUAGCACUAUCCGCCUUUUGAACAACUGGGGCCAUGCAGCUAAAAUACCUCUCAUAUUAAAAUUUAUAGAGCUGAAGCUUUUAAUACUGUAUUAAGAGUUGUAUUUGGGUCGUUCUACUUUUUCUUCCUCAUGCAAUCAGUCCCAUGCGUUAAUUGAACAUAUGUAUGUUAAAAGUUCACUUAUGUAAUUUUUUUAUGGCGACCUUCAGGCUGAAGUUCAAAAAAAUAUUUUUGAAACAGGAUAAUAAAGGGAAAUGAUUUUCGGAACUUGACCGCUUAAUGCAGGUCCCCUUGUUUGCCUGUUGCUGCCGGAUAGUAAUCGGUGGAUGUUAUGAAUUACUGUUUCUAUUGAUUUUAUUUUGCCUAUUUUCAUAUUUUCAUAUUUUAAUUCAAAUUUUGUGUGAUUAAGUUCCAUUCUGUAUUUCGAGUCAUUGCCCUAAAUUUGAGGGAACGAACGUCAAGGCUUGGUGAGUUUAUUGCAAAUUGUUUUGCAAGUACGUUUUAGAUGCUAUUGUUUAAGAGGCAUCAAAUUAAAAUUAUUAUACAGGAAGUCCUAGUAUUUGUAUGUAAUACGAGAGUAGAAAAUACUUCAAAGAAAUAAUAUAUUUGGACUUCGAUAUAAUUACUAUUUAAUAAAAAAAAUUAACUUCAAACAUGUAAAUCCUGUUUGAAAGCAAGUUUAGGCUCUCGCGCAUUUGCUUUAACGCGAGCCUGCUGUGGAUAGUCAGUAUUUCUUUGGAUUAUUUAUUCCUAUCUACUCAGUUACUUUGUCAAACGUAGGUGAACCCAAAUGGAGUUGAAUUCCAAGGGACCCUAUCCAAGUUCAGGAGCGAAAAGAAGAAUAAAUUUCGUCGUUGCUUGUUUGCGUUAUCCAUAAAACGCAAAAUUAGGCAUCUUCAGGUCGUAGUCGUGCAAAAAUGGCAAAGAAAUGCAAAAAUAAAAGCGUGAUGCACGAGCAAAGUUGUUGUUUUGCUUAUUAAACCUAUUGUUUUGUUGCAGUUCUCGUUCCCGUCUUGUCGUUGGAUAUUCGUACUCAUCGCGUGGACGCGCAUACUCGAUGGAAAAGCAAACGGUAAUGCUCGCAGUGGUUUCUUUCCCAUCGAAGCGUAGCGUCCGGCCUGGAGAAACCACUGCUCGCAGGGUAGCUCGUGUCGUUACCUCCAGGAAAGACAUCAUGUUAGUUAAUUGUUAAUCAAAGGAAAGUAUCAGCACAUAUUUAUGUAAUGAAAAACAAAACGAAGGCAUGGAGGUUUUGACAAACUUCUAGUUUUUAAGCUGUAGAACUUAAAAGUUCUGCAGCAGUUUGUCAUAAUUUAAGUGCUCAAAUAUGCGUAACAAUUGUCUCUACGUCGUAAAAUUAUAUUUGAUUGGCAACUUAAGAAGCAGAUCAAUUUUACGUCGUAAAAGUUAGGACGUAAAACCUAUUUGAUUGACAACUUGACGAAUGGAUUAAUUACAACGUACCUUGCUUUUCGCCGUAAAUAUCCACGACGUAACGUGUAGCUAAAAUUUAUUUUACGUCGUAACGCGAACCUCCUCGUUUACGUCGUAAUUUCAAGUAGAUGUUAUGAUUACGACGUAACGUGUCAUGCUAAAUAUAAUCACGUCGUAAAUGUGACGUCGUGAUAUAUUUGAAGACGUUUAAUAAGGACGACCUUCAAAGAACACUGGAGGAUAAUCGAUUUCUCGCCGUAAAAUAGACGUUGUUAUAUUUUACGACGUCACGAUGCGAGUACAAGGUUUACGUCGUAAAUUUUACGACGUGAUACCUGACUGGGGAAUUUGACCCCCUGGACGUGAAAAAGGUGUCAGAAAGUCAAAAAUGUGCUCAAAGUGUUUUGAAUAGAAAUGAACGCCAUAUUGCCCGUCAGUGGUCAUUUCAGUACAGGGUUCUAAAUUUGUGGAACCAGAGAAAGAACUCAAACUAAAUAAGAAUCCUUCUGAGGUUUAAAACGGAAACUUUGACAAAUAUUAUUCACCGAAAUCUCUUGAUUCGUGAGUGACUAGAUAGAUAUUAGACAUUUAGCUUUGUUUUGUUUGUGUUUUCGAUUAUAUAAUGCAUUGUAGGUUUUAACAUCGUAUUGUAUCACUGAAAAGUCCAUCAGAGGGGAGUUCAAUAACGUUCAAGUUCAAGCGUAAUAAGGCAUCAAAAGUAUCAUGUUACUUGUUAUUUAGCAGAAACAAUCUCAGAUUCGGCUUCAUUAAAUUCACCAAUGAGUUUUCAAAACGAUAAGUGAACCAUAUCAAUGAGAACUGGCACUUCAAGUUUGCUGACUGUUUCCCAGAAGUUGCAGGAGUGUAUUUGGGACGCUAUCACUUCUUUCAUAAGUUACUGCUUAAAGGAGCAGUGUCAUGAGAGUUAUCAAACUUCAAACAGUGGAAACUGUCACCAAAUUGAGUGAGCAGCAUAUACAAAACAAGACACGGAUGGACAAAUUUGAAGAAGAUUAAAAGGGAUUGCAAUAGGGGUUUUUGAAACCUUGUUAACCUGACAGUUUUUCAAAGUCCGUUUUUGCUGUUUGUAACAUUUAAAUAUAAUGAUUGGGAGACAUAUUUGUUUGAAAUGAAGCUGUGAUUUUGUCAUUUGCCAGUGAUUUUGUCGCUAAUGUUAUGUCUGACUGCGAAAAAAGACGUGUUGUUUAAUAAAAUGAACCAGACAGCAGUGAUGUCACAGACACUCAGUUUCCCCACCUCAAAAUCGCCAAUUGUUUUAGUACUUUCCAAUCAGAUUUUCUUUCAAAAAUAGCGUUAUCCAAAAUAGACUUUUAAGUUAAAGAUGUAUUUUGCAAUUAAUUUUCGCAGCUAAAUAUAAAUAUUCAAUCUCUUUAUCGUGCUCUUUUCAAGUGGAAUGCAAGUCUACUUACGUUAACAGGAAGUUCUUGACAAGAUGGGACUUCGUCCAAUGAUCUUGAACAGUAUAAAAACGAUUUUUAUCGUCCUGUGUUUACAGUCAGAAAGAUCAAAGGCAGAUGCGACACAUACUAGGAAUUGUUUUAUUCUCCGCGGAACGUAACUACAAUGCUUAAAUUACGACCAAUCUCUUCCCUUGUAGACAGUAUGACUAAAAUUAUAGUGGCAGGGCUUAAGCCGUUACAAAAGAUUACACUUGGAGCCAGCAUAAUCGGCGACGGCGGAGAAAUCUUCCAAUCUCACGCCCACUACAUCGCUGAUAAACACGGUGGAGUUGAUGUUUAUCGUGACUUGUCCCUGGGAGGAUCUUACAGGGGUGUUGAACCCAUGGGAUUGUUAUGGAGCAUGAAACAGGCUCCAGAACAGAAAAAGGGUCUUCGCCUUUUCAAAAGAGAUGUUACCAAACCGUAUAACGGCGUCUUAAGCUGCUUUGAUGGUCAUAUAACUCCGCACCAAGAACAACCUGAGUUGCAGCCACUAUCAAGCACCACAUUUCAGAGGUGGUACAUGGCAGAUGGAGUGAAAAGAAUUCCUGUAAGAGAAGGACGAAUCCGAGGAACGCUCUUUCUUCCUCCUGGUGAAGGACCUUUUCCUGGUAGGUAUUCAUUUAUUAUCCACAGUUUCGUAAUCGCAGUACUAGUGUGCCCGACUGGCUUUCUAGAAGCAAGUAGCCAUUAGACAGCUUUAAGGGGGGCCAUACUUUGGGGGCCUUAAAUCUUAUGUUCAAUAUUAAUUUAAAAUAAUUAAUAAUUUGUUCUUACUUUAGUUAAAUUAUACGAUUAAGUAAUAAUGAAAAAAAAUUAGGGAUGAUUCAAGAAGAAGUUGCUAGUUAGAAAUCCAAAUGUCCAAUUCCCCUUGCUGUCUCGUUUCUCGAUGACACAACCGCUAAUACUUGUUUUUUCUUACUUCUGUAAAGUUUAAAAGAAUUACUUAUGGUUUAAAAAUAUAAAAAGAUAUAAGGCGUUAAUUUCAGAGAUGACAGAUUUGGUUGAUCUUUGCUCAUUUCUUUCUGGCAAACAUGAAAUUGUAAAAUCUGCUCUAUACAUGACGCACUAGAGGUUUUGGCCGAUCAUUUACUAAUAAAAGCACAUGGUGCUGUCUUCUGUUCUUUCCGCACGCUUGGACACAAAGUCACGAUUUCGCAAUUUGUUAUAACUGUGGCUUAAAGCAUUACCGUAAAGCUCGAGCUACCAACUAAAAACCACCCUUCUAAACUUCCAUCUUUUUACGAUCUCUUUAAAAUUUCAGUCUAAAUCGCCUUUAAAACAGGCGAAAUAUAACCGCUUUAAAAGAUGUAGCACAAGCAAAAUUUUGCUUUGUGUCUCCCGCGGACUCAAGUACGCGCAUUCGCCCGUAUUCGUCGAGCAUUUGCCUUCUGGUUCCUCCGGUGACCUUAUUACAGUUUUUACCAUUUCUUGCAUACCUAUAGUCAAUGCCAUGGCUUUUUCUAACAAUAAUUUAAGCUAGUAGCGUCCUUUUCCGUUGCAGAGAAUGUAUCAAUUAUGGUGGUAUGUAGCAUAACGUCAAAACAAUAUAAUGAUUAUCCCAAGGCAGAUAUUUUGUCCUGUUCUUGACCUAGGUUCAGCUUGGAAUUUGAAGGUGCUGCAGUGAAUCAAUGUUAAUGAAAGUUUGACACAUUAUUACAAACAUCACGAAGAUUACAUUAUGAGUUUUUUUUACUGAAAGACUUGUAUAGAGCCGUUGAUAUAUUUGGAAAAGCGUUGAAAAUCAAGAUUUUGCAUAAAGUUGCACUUGGAAUGGCGUUAAGAGAAAAGGUAUGCAAGUUAACAAGAUGGCAAAAAUGGAAAAACACCAAAAGUUCCCAGCGUGGGAAUAAUAUAUUGAGCAGCACCGUGAUGCUACUUUAGAGUAAUAUGGGUUGUUUGGAAUUUGCUAUUCGUUCAUUUAUCAUGACUAUUGAAUAUAUAAGGUUUGAAAUUUAUUUGCGUUUAAUUUGAAUCCAGACGUACAGAAUUUUUUAAUUCUCACUGAGUGUGUUUCCCAAACACCACUGUAUAAGUUCCUGAUGCUGGAUUUUCCAUGGCAGGUCUAGAUGUCGCAAAAUUCAUCUUUAACUGAUUUCAAAGAUUUUUGUUUAUCGUUGUCAUGGUAAGAUCGAUUUUAACCUUGCAAUUACAUUUUGACAAACUUCAAUCUAGGUUAGAUAGUGGUGCAAAUUUUGUGGCGACCGGAAAAGGAUGAAAUCACUUUUAAGGCGAUUGAGAAAUAUCGGUAUGGUCUCCAAAAAUAUGUAUCGAGACUAGGGCUUUCCACAAAUUGCUCGAGAUUUUUCAAAAAGCUUCCCGGAAUUUGCCAUAAAGUUGCUAAAAAGUUGCUUUUUGUAAGGAAAGUUGCUCAACAGUUGCACAAAUGAACAAAAGUUUUUUUUGGUCUGAUGCUAAAAUAUACAAAUUGUACAACAAAGUAAGAUUUCUAACCAUUUUUGUGCAAUUUUGGGGCGUAACCAGCGUUGCUAAAUAACUUUGUCCUCCAUUAAAACCAACAAAUGUAAUGAGCCAAUGAAGUUGUUGAAUGAGCUUCUUCACCCGAGACACUCAAGCAGUCGAGUGCGAAUCUUCGUCCACCAUUUUGAAUUUUCUCUAAAACCCGCUGACAGAGCAGCCCAACUACUUUUUUCUUGCGCCCAUUAUCUGCCCCAGGGGGGAGGAUUUGGCUCCUUUUUUACAGGAAAUUCAUAAACUGUCUACUAAAACAUUGGAAAUAUGGAAGAAAGUUCAACUGAAGUACUAAACGCUGCUCCGAUAUCUCAGAAUUAGAAGAUAACUAGAAAAAUUGUUCAGAAUGCAAAACGUUGCUCGAAAUACGAGAAGUUGCCGAAAAGGUACCGAGCAACUUGUGGAAAGCCCUAAUCCCAUCGAGACACUUUAACUUUUUGAUAAUGCAACAGCGAAGGCAUAAAAAAAUAUCAUAUUUCGUUUAUUUUCUAGGUGUGAUAGACUUGCUUGGAGACAUGGGCGGAUUAGUGGAAUUCAAAGCUGCCCUACUGGCGUCUCAUGGAUUUGCUGCUCUCGCAUUGGCUUAUAUCGAUUAUGAUGACCUACCAGCCUUUCCACCUUACCACGAGAUGGAGUACUUUGAAGAUGCAGCUAAUUGGCUGAGCAGUCACCCAAAGGUUUUACCGGAUGGGAUUGGUAUUCACGCUAUCUGCUAUGGAGCAAUGAUUGCUCUAUUGAUGGCAAACCUUCAAAUGAAACCUGUCAAAGCCAUUGCUGCCAUUUCUCCUCUCACACAUGUCUACCCCACAGCCUGUAAGUACAAAGGAAGUUUCAUUUCAGAGGUAACCCACUUUGAUCAUAUUAAAAAAGUACAGGUGAAAGAUGGAAGCAUCUGGCGCUAUGGUUUUCCAACAGCCACUAAUUCAAAUAUACCAGAGUCAAAGUACCCCUACCUUGUACCAGUUGAAAAUCUUUCCUGUCCGCUCCUCCUUGUUUAUGGAACUCACGACCUGAAUGUUAAUGCCACUUUUUCGGUAAAUCUGAUAAGAGAUCGUUUAAGGAAGCAGGGCAAAGAAAACCUGUAUUCCGUCUUACGCUAUCCUGGUGCCGGGCAUCUCAUUGAGCCACCUUACACACCCCACUCUUAUGCCACCUACGCAAAACGUGCAGAAGCAUGGUCAGGCGACCACCACAUAGUGUGGGGAGGGGAGACAAAGUGUCACGCUAGAGCACAAGAGGGCGCCUGGCCAGAGAUAAUUAGAUUCCUGAGAAAUAAUAUCAGUUUGGAAAAACCGGAAACGGGCUUUGAGGAAGUCUACACUUCCGGGAGCCUUCGUUAG